UUGGGUCUUAUGGUCUUCGGGGGGAGGCUGAGUGAGCUCAGACCGAUCGUUUGUCAUCGAGGGGGUUUGUGGUCGCAGGAGGUGACAGAGUUGAACGAGGCCUUGUCCAACGAGGAGAGGAACCUCUUGUCCGUCGCCUACAAGAACGUGGUGGGCGCCCGGCGCUCCUCCUGGAGGGUGAUCUCCAGCAUCGAGCAGAAGACCUCCGCCGACGGCAACGAGAAGAAGAUCGAAAUGGUCCGGGCCUACCGGGAGAAGAUCGAGAAGGAGCUGGAGGCCGUGUGCCAGGACGUGCUCAACCUCCUGGACAACUUCCUGAUCAAGAACUGCAGCGAGACGCAGCACGAGAGCAAGGUCUUCUACCUGAAGAUGAAGGGCGACUACUACCGGUACCUGGCCGAGGUGGCCACGGGCGAGAAGAGGGCCACGGUGGUGGAGUCGUCGGAGAAGGCCUACAACGAGGCUCACGAGAUCAGCAAAGAGCACAUGCAGCCCACCCACCCCAUCCGCCUGGGCCUGGCCCUCAACUACUCUGUGUUUUACUACGAGAUCCAGAACGCCCCGGAGCAGGCCUGCCAUCUGGCCAAGACCGCCUUCGACGACGCCAUCGCCGAGCUGGACACCCUCAACGAGGACUCCUACAAAGACUCCACUCUCAUCAUGCAGCUGCUCCGAGACAACUUGACACUGUGGACAAGUGACCAGCAGGAUGACGAGGGAGGGGAGGGCAACAAUUAA